GUAACCGUUGCUAUGGUUUGUAAUAUUUACUGUGUUUGUGCGUGGUUUUCUACAUAGAUACAAUUAUCGUAUUCAAUAUAUAUUUAUUCAAUUAAGAAAACAAAUCUAAGAUUCAUGGAGUAAAUCGCAGACGAAUUUUAGAUCCGAAUUAAUUCUAAAUUUUUGAAGAUGUUAAACUCUGUUUCAUUUCUGGUGAUAUCAGCGGGAACGUCAUGUGCCCAUUUACUUAACAUGGGCACGUGACUUUCCCGUCGAUAUCACCAGAAAUGAAACAGAGUUUAUUAGUCCAUUUAAAAAUAUUUUUUUUGCUAAUGAACGGAACCCUGCAUUGAACAAGGGCAGUUCAAUGCCACGGGGCACGUAUAAAAGUGGCCGAGUUUUUGUCCAGUGUGUCUCCAUUUCCCGAGAGAGUUGAACAAACAAGCAACUACUUUCCACCGCACACUUUCAAAAUGUGGGACCCUGACAUGUACGUUAAGGCCAUCGUGAACCUUCCAGAAUGUCUGGAUGCGCUGACCGACCGACUUGACGCGAUUCCCUGGAGAGAGGGGGAGGUCGUUCUGGAUUACGGGUGUGGCACAGGGCGUGCCACGGUCCCGUUCCUCCUCCCGAAAACGGUUGCUACAAAUUCCCGGCUUUUCGGCGUGGACAAAUCCUCCGCCAUGAUAACCACAGCGAACGAGGGGAACAAAAGUGACCACGCGUCGUACGCGGUAGGAAAUAUUUUAGAGGAUGGUGGCUUUCCCCACGAGGGGGUCAUAUUCGACAAGAUCUUCUCCUUUUACUGUUUACAUUGGUGCAAGGAGUACAAAAAAAUUCUGGCCAAGUUUUACUCCAUCCUCAAACCGGGCGGGUAUAUUUGCCUCCUUUACGUAAUUGAAUGUCCACAUUUCUUACUUCUCCAGCAAAUUGGCAAACUCCCAAAGUGGGCGGGAUAUAUGAAGGAAAUACGAGAUCAUUUCCCAGACUGGAUUGAACAUUCGCAAGAUGCACGGACAGAAUUGGAAAAAUCCUGUAAAGAAAUCGGAUACGAAAAAUUGGAGAGUCUUGUUCACAAGAGCAACGUGAAACUAACCUUGGACGCUUUCACGGACCUCGUCAUGUCGCUGAACCCGUAUUUGAGCGAGAUUCCUUCAGCCUUGUAUCCCGAACUGAAGGCAGAUUACGCCAAGUUGAUCCUUGACAAGGGAGACGUCGUGCAGGAUGGAUGUCAAGAAUUACAGUUUAAGCACGACAUGCUAUUUGCAAUAUUUCGAAAACCAGGAAAUGAAAAUAAUGGUUUUGUAAGAAAUUAAACCAAUUUUUAUAGUUUUUGCAUGUACAUACCAUUUUAAGCAUGCAUCAUAUCUAAAAUGUUAUAUAUUUUCAAGCAUGAAAAAUAAAAGGUAUCUAAAUUUUCAAAAAUAAUUAAACGAAUAAAAUGUUUUCAAUAUUAAAAACACAACUCGGUGAAUAAACAGUUCCAAUUAA